CUAAUUAUUCAAGAUUUUUAAUUAAAUUAACUUUAUAUUAAUAAUUAACCUUUAAGAUGUCAGUAAAUAUAAAGAUACCCACUACUUCCAACCAAGAAAGGACACGUAUAAACAUUUUGUGUUUGGAUAUUACCAGUUUCAGUCAGAAGAAGCAGUUUAUUUUUUGUAGUGUCGCUGUUUUUGCAUUUUUUCUAAUUUAUGGAUACAUGCAAGAACUGAUCUUCACUAUCGAUGGUUUCGAAGAGUAUGGCUGGUUCUUAACGUUAAUUCAAUUCGGAAUGUAUUCGAUUUUUGGUUACCUAGAGAAUCAUGUUCAAAACAUUAUAACUAGAAAAAUUCCUAUAAAACUGUACAUGUUUUUGGCUCUUCUAACAUUAGGAACUAUGGGUUUUUCUAACACAGCUGUUGGUUAUUUAAACUACCCAACACAGGUUAUUUUUAAAUGCUGUAAGCUCAUUCCAGUGUUAAUAGGAAGUAUUUUAAUACAGGGCAAAAAAUAUGGACCUUUAGAUUUUUUAUCUGCAUUUAUAAUGUGUUUAGGAUUAAUCCUAUUUACCCUGACUGACUCUCAAGUGUCUCCAAAGUUUAAUUUUAAGGGUGUCAUUAUGAUAUCGGCUGCUCUGUUGUGUGAUGCAAUUAUAGGAAAUGUACAAGAGAAGUCAAUGAAAAAUUAUGGAGCUCCUAAUAGUGAAGUUGUUAUGUAUUCAUAUUUUAUAGGAUUCCUCUAUUUAUUUUCUAUUAUGUUAGUAACUGGAGACAUUCAACAUGGACUUACAUUUUACUCAAGAGACCCAAUUAGAUGUUAUGGAUACACCUUCAUUUUCUCCAUAACAGGCUAUUUAGGAAUACAAAUCGUUCUAACACUGGUUAGAACAUGUGGCGCGUUUGCUGCUGUUACAGUAACAACUUGUAGAAAGGCUGUGACAAUCAUAAUAUCAUUCAUGUUCUUCAGCAAACCAUUUGUAUUUAGGUAUGUGUGGUCAGGCUUGCUGGUUCUGUUGGGAAUUUAUCUGAAUUUCUUUAGCAAAAGAAGUACGCUAUCUACAAGUCAAGUUAUGAAUGCAAUACAACGUAAAUUGAAAUAUGUUAUGUGUGUAUAUAAAACGUCUAAAAAGCAUAAAAUGCUAACAGAAGUUUGAACAUUUCUAAUUAAAUAUAAUUUUAUACAUUUUAAUAGGGCAUUCUUGGGUGUGAAAUAAUAAUUUUAAUUAAUCAGUCAUUGUUUAGAUCAUGUGUUGCAUGUAUUAUUUAUUUUCAACUACUAAAAUCAAUUUGUUCAGAAAAAAGUUAAUGUAUAUGAAUUCGUGUUCAUAUUACGUUGUGGCUGUGUUCAUUUGAUCAAGUUAUAAUAAAUAUAUCCUACAAAUAACUUUUCUUUACCUAUGUGCUCAAUUUUCCCUAGUUUUUUCUUUGGACUCUUGACACGGACUCCUAAAAAUCUGUUUACGAAGAAUAACAUAAUGAACUUUAUUGGUGUAUACCGUUAUUUACAAAAGUAGGUAUCAAGUAUAAAUUUUUAAUCUUAUCAUAUCAAAGGAGAAUGGCAUUUAUGCGCUUAAACGUCACUUACGGUCGGAUUUUCGUAUUUUUCCCGUUUUACUUUAAAAAUAUAAUCAACAGUAAUUUGUUCGUCGUAAUGAUACAAAUCACACAUAACGUUAUAAAACAAUUGCGAAUGAACAGAAUGAACAGAAAAUUCGCCAAAGGGGCAUUUCAAUAAUUAAUAAACUAUUUUCAAGAGUAAGACUGAAACAAAUGUAGAAUUUUGAUAAACUGAUGAAACAAUCUAUUGUUUUAUUACUUAAUCUGUAAUAAUUAAAAUAUUGCAGACAGAGGGAAAAAUUUAAAAAUUCCGACUGUAGAUACAAAAUAGCCAGCCUCUUAUAUGAUACAUCUAACUAAUAGUUAAAUUUAUCAUUAAACUCGCACAUACACCACGAAACCACGACGUCACAGCAAAUAUAAACCUACUAAAUAAAUAGGGGGCAUUAAAAUAUUUAUAAUAUUA